ACCCACGGCAUCCGAGCAGCUAAGAUGACGGCGACAGCAUUACGGCCCAAAUUGAAGUCCUACCAACUGGUGGCACCCGACGGCGGCUGGGGCAUCCUCAUCUGCAUUGGCAUGGCAAUGCCCUUUGUCAGUGGAUUGGCAGCGCUACCAUCCUUUGGCUUGGUCUUUGGCGACUUUCUGAAGAGUAUUGGGGCCGAGACAAGCGCCAUUGCUGUUAUAACCAGCACGUUCUUUUGUGCGAUGAGCUUUGCCGGAUUGUUUUCCGGCUCGCUGUUUCGUCGCUACGGCCUACGACCGGUGGGUUUGGCCGGCGGUGUUCUCUAUUUUGUUGGCACAGCCAUGCAGAUAUUUGUGACGUCAACGCUGCAGUUGACCUUGGCGUUUAGCGUGUUGCAGGGCAGCGGAUUCGGUUUGAUUGUGCCCACCAGCUACACAUCGUUCAACGAUUACUUUGUGAAGAAUCGUGUGAUGUGGAUGAGCUUUGCUCAGACGCUGAUUGGGCUCGGUUCGAUGAUCUAUCCGAUUGUGAUGCAGAAGUUGCUGCAAUGGUAUGGCUUUCGUGGCUGCCUCCUGGUGCUGACAGCGAUCAAUGCACAUGCUAUUCUGGGCAUGCUGCUCAUGCAACCAGUUAAAUGGCAUAUGCGGCGUAUCCCAUUGGAGGAGGAAGAGCAGCCAAUUCAAUCGCCGCCGGUCGUCGUCCAUGUGCAGCCAGAAACGCCACUGCAGACGAUACCAGAGCUGAUAUUUGCGCCGAGACCAACAAAUGGUGAUAAACAGAUUGUCACAGAUUCGUUGCCCGUCUCGAAUCUGGCUUCUCGGCGAGUGUCACGUAUCGAAGAGCAUUCGCUCAACAUUAUUUCCAGUCGCGCCUCGAGCAUUACCAGCCUGGGCAACUGGUCGGGGCCGAUCGUUGUUAGCGAUGCCUCGCCACAAAUGAUGCACAGCUUGCAGACGUCGCGACGCCAGAGUGUUGUCAGUGGUGGUGCUAAUCCACAGCAGGCCAUCGUCGAUGAGAAGUCAACUGAAGUCAAGAGGAGCUGCUGCGGCACCAUUGUCGAUUUCCUCGAUCUGACGCUCUUCAAGGAUCCCAUCUACGUUAAUAUUGUGCUGGGCAUUACGUUCGCCCUGUACUCGGACCUCUCAUUUUUCACCAUACAGCCGUCUUAUCUAUUUGAAUUGGGUUACACCAAGGCUGAAACGGCAAAUGUUAUUGCAAUCGGAGCCGCUGCAGAUUUGCUAUCAAGAAUUUUUCUAGCAGUGACAGCAAUUUUUAUUCAAGUUCCUGCCCGUUACAUUUACUUGGCUGGAGCGCUUUUCACAGUUUUUGCCAGAUUUGGUCUCGGGGGCAUCACCAAUUUUGUGGGCAUGGCCUCCAUUACGGCCGUACUUGGAUUUUUACGAACCUGGAUACAUGUUCCACUCCCGUUGGUAUUUGCCGACUAUCUGCCAAAAGAACGCUAUGCCAGCGGUUACGGCCUAUUUAUGUUCACACAGGGUAAUGCGAUGUUUUUGAUCGGGCCGAUCGUUGGCUAUAUACGAGAUCGCACGCAGGAUUAUUUGCUAGUCUUUAACAUAUUGAAUGUGUUCAUGGCCAUGUGCGCUGUUCCCUGGAUCAUUGAGUUGUUGUUGGUCAAGUUUCGUCGGCGCAACCGAAUCGAACGUAACAAUGUCUGUGAGCAGACAAAUGACAUUAAUAACACAAUGGUCCGGUAAAAGUAGGAAUUCAUAUUGUAAUAAAAUAUACAUAAAUAAAACCAGUUAACGUUAAACAUUUGAAUAAAUUCAAGCUAAUAGAUGAAACAAA